CCUGCGGGGCGGAGGCCAUGUUGCGGGGCACCCACGUGAGGGCCGCACGUCCACGAGCGGUCACGUGACCGGGGCGCGCCGCAGCCGCCGGGGCGCACCCGGCGAGAGGCAGCGGCCGUGAUGGACGGGUCCGGGGAGCAGCUCGGGAGCGGCGGGCCCACCAGCUCUGAACAGAUCAUGAAGACAGGAGCCUUUUUGCUACAGGGUUUCAUCCAGGAUCGAGCAGGGAGGAUGGCUGGGGACACACCUGAGCUGACCUUGGAGCAGCCGCCCCAGGAUGCGUCCACCAAGAAGCUGAGCGAGUGUCUCCGGCGAAUUGGAGAUGAACUGGACAGCAAUAUGGAGCUGCAGAGGAUGAUUGCUGACGUGGAUACGGACUCCCCCCGAGAGGUCUUCUUUCGUGUGGCAGCUGACAUGUUUGCUGAUGGCAACUUCAACUGGGGCCGGGUGGUUGCCCUUUUCUACUUUGCUAGCAAACUGGUGCUCAAGGCCCUGUGCACUAAAGUGCCCGAGCUGAUCAGAACCAUCAUGGGCUGGACACUGGACUUCCUCCGUGAGCGGCUGCUUGUCUGGAUCCAAGACCAGGGUGGCUGGGAUGGCCUCCUCUCCUACUUCGGGACCCCAACAUGGCAGACAGUGACCAUCUUUGUGGCUGGAGUCCUCACCGCCUCGCUCACCAUCUGGAAGAAGAUGGGCUGAGACCUCUCACUGCCUUGGACUGUGUCUUUUCUUCAUAAAUUAUGACAUUUUCCUGGGAUGAAUGGGGGAAGGGGAAAGGCAUUUUUCUUACUUUUGUAAUUAUUGGGAGGGGUGGGAAUGGUGGCCUGGGGAGGUGCCAAUAAACCUCAGGUCCACUUUGGA